GGGGGUUUCCGACCAGUUCAUCAGCGAGUGAUCUCUGGCAUUGGUCAAAGGAGUUUCUACUAGAUACGCAUAUAGACAAGAAACUCUCACAAAUAUGCCACCCGCGAAACAGGGACGGGAGCUCCCUUCCAAGGAGAGUGCCAUGUUCAAGUCAAUUCUGAAAUUCUACGAGCAUAAACAAUAUAAGAAGGGGUUGAAGCAGGCGGAGCAGAUUCUGAGAAAGUUUCCGGAACAUGGUGAAACUCUAGCUAUGAAGGGGCUCUUUCUAAGCCAUUUGGAUCGGAAAGAGGAAGGAUAUGAAUUUGUCAAGAAAGGCUUGAGGAACGACCUCACGAGUCAUACAUGUUGGCAUGUAUAUGGUUUAAUGCAUCGAGCGGAUAAGAAUUAUGAAGAAGCUAUCAAAUGCUACGUCAAUGCUUUGAAGUUCGACAAGGAAAAUAUGCAGAUCAUCAGAGAUCUGUCGUUACUUCAGAUCCAAAUGCGAAAUUAUGAGGGCUUCAAUGAGACUAGACAUCAACUCCUUUCUCUGCGGCCGACAAACCGCAUGUAUUGGGUUGGACUGGCUAUCUCAUAUCACAUGCUUCAAAAAUAUGAUACAGCGUUGAAUGUCUUAUCCGCGUUCGAGGAGAGUCUGAAGGAACAACCGGAUGUUGCUGAUUUCGAGAAUAGUGAAAUGCUCAUGUACAAGAAUAUGAUAAUUGAGGAAAGCGGGGACAACUUGAAGGCUCUAGAGCACUUGGAGGACAUACGGACCAGGGUGGUGGACAAACGGUCAUGGAGAGAGUCUAAAGCCCGGGUGCUGCUAAAAGCUAACAAACUCACGGAGGCCGAAGUCGAAUACCGUCAACUCUUGGAUCAAAAUCCGGACUGCCAUGCGUAUUUGGAAGGCCUCUUGCGAGCACGUUCGCUAAUUGGAGGCUCUGCAGACUUGGACGUGACCCAGAUGGAGAAGCUUUUCCGGUUGUUGAAUGAACUGGGCAAUAAAUAUCCUCGAUCGCAUGUCAUCAAGCGUGCGCCACUGAAAUACGCAAAGGCCGACAAAUUUCGGGAAUUGGCCGAUGAGUAUCUCAGACCGAUGUUCCGGAAAGGUGUACCAUCUCUGUUCGUUAGCAUAAAGGAUCUGUACAAGGAUGACGGAAAAGGGCAGAUUGUGGAGGACCUGGUUUUGGGAUAUCGAAAAAGCUUGAAGGAGGCGCAACGAUUUGGCGAAGACGACGCACUCACGGAACGGGAGCCACCUACUGCAUAUCUAUGGGUGCUGUACUUCCUGGCCCAACAUUAUGACCAUAAACGGAAUACGACCACGGCUCUUCAAUUGAUUAACGAAGCUCUAGUACAUACACCGACUCUUGUUGAGCUCCUGAUGACGAAGGCACGGAUAUACAAGCACGCGGGCGACGAAGAGACAGCUGUAACAAUAAUGAACGAAGCCCGGGAAAUGGACCUUCAGGAUCGUUACAUCAAUUCUAAAUGCACUAAAUAUAUGUUGCGAAACGAUAGAUUGGGGGAAGCCGAACAAACGAUUGCUCUAUUUACAAGGAGUGAAUCACUGGACCCUCUAGCAGACCUAGUUGACAUGCAAUGUAUGUGGUUCGCCACAGAAUGCGCGAAAAGCUAUGUGCGGCAGGAGCAAUAUGGACGAGCCCUCAAGAAGUUACAUCAGAUUGAACAGCAUUUCGUUGACAUCUACGACGAUCAAUUCGAUUUCCAUUCAUAUUGUCUACGUAAAAUGACAUUACGCUCGUAUGUAGAACUACUCCGAGUCGAAGACAAGUUAAGAUCACACCCUUUCUACUUUGAGGCGGCAACCCUCGCUGUGCAAGUGUACUUGGAAUUGCAUGACAAGCCAAAGGAACACAGUGGGCGUGAGGAUGCAUCCAAUGCCAAUGUGUCUGAUUCUGAACGUAAGAAAGCUGAGCGGAAAGCACGGAAGUUGGCCCUCAAAACUCAAAAUGAUAAAGCGGCGGAUGCUGGCAGUAAUAAGGACAAGGCUGAUGUGAACGGAGAAAAGUAUCUUGCUGCUGACGAUUACCUUGAAGAGGCUAUGAGGUUUUUGAGACCCUUGUUGGACCUGGGAUCCGAGAGAAUAGAGAGUCAGGUUCUUGGGUGUGAAGUGUUCCUCAGAAAAAAGAAGUACCUUCUGGCUCUGCGUGCGCUCAAGAAGGGCACCGCGAUUGCUCCAAACCACCCGGACUUGCAUCGCAACGCGGUGCGAUUUUAUCUCGCCGUAAAAAGCGAGCCCAUAGACAGCAUUCAUCCUCAUGUGCGGACAGUGCUGGAGGAGGAGAUGGGACAACUUUUCAACGGAGUGAAAGACGCCAAAGAAUUUAAUGCAAAGUAUCUCAAGAAUUGCAAGGGGAAUGUGGAAAGCCUUUUGGCUGCCGCAGAAAUGGAUCGGUUGUGCGGGGGUGACGGGGUGGAAAUUUUGGAAGAGAUAGUAACGGGAGAAACCAGAGAUCUGACGCUUGAGACUGCAGUAAAGGUCCACAUGUCUUUAGUGACCACAUUUUCGGACUUGAAAAAGGCGGAUGAUUUUGAACUAAAAUGUCGGGAACGGUUCCCGCUUGCUGGAUAUUUUGAGCCAACAGAUUGAUUGCAAUUGUGCUUGUUGUAGCUAUUAUCGUAGAGGGGGGCACUUUGGUAUUUUAUUGGCAAGGGUCUGAAUGUUAGCUCAGUAGUUUGCCAGGAUGGUGAAUUGGAGACUGACUAGUCUAUCCAGUUAACGCCAAUCAUUCUUUGGUAGCCUUUACGUGGUUAGACCUCUCUAGUGUUCUCAUGGAACGCCUCUGAUCCUCGUGGCAUUUCGACAUGUAGUUAGUUAUUUCUAGUUGGCGUGGUGCCUGUCGAAAUGGAAACUAGAAGGAACACAUAUAAAGCAUUUUCUCAAAUACCCUGAAUGGGCUCGUGUCAAUUAUGC